GCAGGGUUUAUAAAAGAUGAGAAGGGCUCCUCAAAUGAUGGGUUAAACAGUUUUUUUUCCCCUUUUUUUUUUCCACGGCCCUAUUUGUGGCCUACGGCUUUGCGCGGCACACUCACACUGACAGACGAGCAUGGAGACGCUGCUGUUUCUAUUUCCUCAAUUUAACUACAUGGCCCCAAAGGAGGAAGCAUAUUUCAGAAUGUUUGCUGUACAGGACCUGCAGUCACGAGCGAUGAAGGACGACAGCGGCAGACAGAAAGACAAAGAGAGGAAGAGCCGACUAAGCCUUUUUCUCACCAAGUCGGGCUCCCAUGAAAACGUCAGUCCCCAUAAAAAGACAAACACGACAACGAGCAACAUCUCACCAGAGGCAGCCUUGCAGUGGAGCGACUCCUUUGAAGAGCUGCUGAAGCACACAGAUGGGGUGGAAACCUUCUCUCAGUUCCUCCGGACAGAGUUCAGCGAGGAAAACAUCGAGUUCUGGUUGGCCUGCGAAGAAUACAAGACCAUCGAUUCAGAAACCAAGCUGCUGUCCAAAGCCAAAUAUAUUUAUACUGUUUAUAUUGAAUCGGAGGCUCCUAAAGAGGUCAACAUCGACUACAACACAAAGAUGGCCAUCCAGAAAAACAUGGAGCACCCAAUGCGGGGCUGCUUCGACGCAGCCCAGACGAAAGUCUUCAGCCUGAUGAAAAAGGACUCCUACCCAAGGUUCCUGCACUCUGACAUUUACAUGCGCAUCACUCGGAGGAAGGGCCCCGGAGCCACCAUGUUCCGCAGAAGGUCACGCUCCUGCGUGUUUAACGAGCGCGGGGAAGCCAAAACCGAGCCCUCGGCUUGGUAAUCGCAAAUGCUGCGCAGCUGCGUGGAAUGGAUUCGCCAUCAUCAUCCGGGGGACCGUCUCUGAUUUGCAACACAACUGUUGAGACACGAUGCGGUGUCUUAAUUUAGGCCCCACAGGUUCUGAUAUGUAGAGUGCAAUAUUUUUGUGUAACCACAGAUUUCCCGAUGGAUGACUUCUCAGACACAGCACCACAGUGAAUUGACAUUAAUAGUAAUUUAAAUGUACAAUUUGGGAAACAUUUCCUUCCAUUAGUUUUUGUAAGAUUUCUAUCCUCGUUUCAGCUUGGUAAAUUUUAUCCCGUGGUUCUCUCAUUUUACCUUAGGAACUGCUAGAAGGGAAGGACAGAAACUAUUUCUAUUUUCAUUUACCUAGCUCUAUUUUCCUGACGGUUUAUGUUUCAUUUUUUAUUUGCCUCAGAAGUUAGAGCCUGGAUCUGUAUUAAUAAUCAUCUCUGAACCUUAUUGGGUUCCAGUCGGUUUAUAAAAACCACUAUGGUUUGCUUCUGUUGUGCUACAUGGCCAUGCUAAUAGCUAUUAGCCUCCCAGGCUAAUAAUGAUGAUAUUCCUCUGAUGUUUAUCCGUCCAAACACCGUAGCAACCAGAGCUUGUACAUUGCUCUGGUUUUAUUAAUUAGAAUUAAUUUAUUAACUUUAUGAAACAAACGUUAGCAUAGCAUGGCUGCCAUAUUGAAUUUUCAGGCCAGAUUGUGUGAGAAACGUCUGACCUUUCAUGAUGGAAUUCCAACUUUAUGAAGGAAGUCAUUAGUUGGAGAUUGUGACUUGUGCAAUUUCAGCCAAAUGAUUAAUUGAAGUAAUGGGCUUUUUUGAAACUUGCCAUGCUUUUGGAUGUUUGCUACCCAUUUGUUUCCUAGCAACUUAAAGCCAGCACAGACAGCUGUAUUUUUAAUUUUUUUUUUUUUUUUUUGCUUUCCCACGGUGUUUUCCGCUAAGCUAGGGGUAACUUCGUGCAGACACGAGCGUGUUAGCAAUGCUGUUGUUUCACACUUGCCUUGAAAACGAAAGGGCAAUAUUACCAGAAAUGUGGACGCAUGUAUUCUGAUUAUUCACUUGGCAACCAACAGCCCGAAUCCAUCCUGGGAGGUUAUUUAGCAGCGGUAACAUUUUUCUGCUCCAUCGGCUAAAACAGGGGUGGGCACUCCCGGUCCUCGAGGGCCGGUGUCCUGCAACUCUUAGAUGUCUCCCUGGUCCAACAC